GAGUCUGACAGAGGGGUGACUAUGCCACUGGGAGAAGGACACGAGUGGAUUUUGUGACUUGCCGAGACACAUUAACUUCGAUCGAAUUCGUGUAGUCAAAGUUCACAUGUUGCAGCAAUGUCUGGAUACCACUUGAUUCUGGAAAAUAGUUAAUGUUCAUAUUUUUUAUUACUCUUUUACUCUUGAAGAAGUGGUUCUACCAUUUUUUUUUUUGUAACUCCCAGUAAAAUAAAAAAAAAAAUCCUAUUUUGAAACUGGUUUUUAUAUUUUUUGAUGAGUCUGUGGAUUCCCGUUUGGAAAAACAAAGGGUUGACAGAAAGCCAUGAAAGAAAAAUCCAAAAAUGCUGCUCGGACUAGACGGGAGAAGGAGAACAGCGAAUUUUAUGAACUGGCAAAGUUAUUGCCCUUGCCCUCUGCCAUCACCUCCCAGCUGGACAAAGCCUCCAUCAUCCGCCUCACCACCAGCUAUUUAAAGAUGAGAGUGGUCUUUCCUGAAGGACUUGGAGAAGCCUGGGGGCACACUACUAGGCCUAGCACGUUGGAUAAUGUUGGCCGGGAACUGGGAUCCCACCUUUUACAGACCCUAGAUGGAUUCAUCUUUGUGGUGGCCCCCGAUGGGAAAAUCAUGUACAUCUCAGAAACAGCUUCUGUCCAUCUGGGCUUAUCACAGGUAGAGCUGACUGGGAACAGUAUUUAUGAAUAUAUUCACCCUGCUGAUCAUGAUGAGAUGACUGCAGUUCUGACAGCUCACCAGCCUUACCACUCACACUUUGUUCAGGAAUAUGAGAUUGAGCGCUCCUUCUUCCUACGGAUGAAAUGUGUUUUAGCAAAGCGGAACGCAGGGUUGACAUGUGGUGGCUAUAAGGUGAUACAUUGCAGUGGGUACCUGAAGAUUCGCCAGUACAGUCUGGACAUGUCGCCAUUUGAUGGCUGCUAUCAAAAUGUGGGCCUGGUGGCUGUUGGCCAUUCUCUUCCUCCCAGUGCAGUCACAGAGAUUAAACUUCACAGCAAUAUGUUUAUGUUCAGAGCCAGCCUUGAUAUGAAGCUCAUAUUUUUAGAUUCCAGGGUAGCUGAAUUAACUGGAUAUGAGCCUCAAGAUCUGAUUGAAAAGACGUUAUAUCAUCAUGUCCAUGGCUGUGACACGUUUCAUCUCCGCUGUGCACAUCACUUGUUGCUUGUGAAAGGACAGGUCACCACCAAGUACUACAGGUUCCUGGCUAAGCACGGUGGCUGGGUGUGGGUACAGAGUUAUGCUACCAUUGUGCACAACAGCAGGUCCUCCAGACCCCACUGCAUUGUCAGUGUGAAUUAUGUUCUAACGGAUACAGAAUACAAAGGAUUACAACUGUCUUUGGAUCAAGUUACAACAAAACCACAAUUCUCUUAUGCAAGCUCAAAUUCAACCAUAAAUGACAGCAGAAAAUGCAGUAAAUCUCGACUCUCCGGCACAAAAUCGAAAUCCAGAACCUCACCCUACCCACAGUAUUCUGGAUUCCAUACUGAACGAUCUGAAUCCGACCAUGAAAGUCAAUGGGGUGGUAGCCCCCUUACUGACACAGCUUCACCACAACUUCUUGAUCCAAUUGAAAGACCAAGCUCCCACCAACACGAUGUAUCUUGUGCAUAUAGACAGUAUCCUGACCGAAGUAGCCUUUGCUUUGGAUUUGCCCUUGACCAUUCAAGGUUAAGUGAUGAUAGACACCACCAUAGCCAGUCUUGUGAAGAAGGCAGAUGUGAGGCUGGCAGAUACUUUCUUGGAAGUCCUCAGACUGAAAGAGGGACUUGGUGGGGAUCUCGAUCAAUGUUGCCUUUACCAAAGACAUCUCCAGAUGGCAAAGAUAUAUAUGAAGCCACCAUGCCACAUAUUGCAUCAGUUCACAGAGCACAUGGAAGAAGUCAUUGGGAAGAAGAUAGUGUUGUCAGCUCUCCUGAUCCAGGCUCUGCAAGUGAAUCAGGGGAUCGUUACCGCACAGAACAAUAUCAAAAUAGUCAUCAUGAACCAAGCAAAAUUGAAACUCUCAUACGUGCUACCCAGCAAAUGAUUAAAGAGGAAGAAAGUAGAUUACAGUUGCGUAAACCUAGUCCAGAUCAACUAACUAACAUUAAUGGAGCUGGCAAAAGAAACUCUGUUUGCUUUGCAAAUUAUCACCAGCCACAGUUAACUGGGGUUGUGUGCCGUGGCCCACCUCUAUCUAACACUUCUCCUUGUGACCAUGUCCAGCAACGGGAUGGAAAAAUCCUAAGUCCUCAUGACAAUGAAUAUGAGACCAGCCCAACUGCGUUAUCAAGAAUGAGUAGUCCAAAUUCCGACAGAGUUUCAAAAUCGAGUGUAACCCUAGCAAAAGAUUAUUUACAUGCAAAUGUGUCCCCAUCACCAGCAAUGGACCAUUCUGCAUCCCCAAAUUGCUACAGUUCUCACAGACAAUAUUUUGACAAGCAUACUUACACUUUUACUGGUUAUGCUCUUGAACAUCUUUAUGACAGUGAAUCUAUUAGGAACUAUUCAUUGGGAUGUAAUGGAACACAUUUUGAUGUGACUUCUCAUUUAAGGAUGCAACAAGAUUCUGCUCAAGUGCACAAGGGCACAUCAGUGAUUAUUAGUAAUGGGAGUUGAUGAUUUUGUCUGACCUGUAUCAGGGUGUGUAUUGAAAGGAAAUGUGUAUUUUUUUGUUUUAUCUCCAAUGUUUUUUUCCAGCAUUUGUUGAAUAAUAAUGCAAUAGAAAUGAAAUGGGAAUUAAGAAUUGGAAUGACAAAAGAAAAAAUGAAAUGGAGGUAAUGAAUUGACUGGGUUUUCACUAAACCAUAUACGUCAUAUAUCUGCACCAGCCAGCUUUGCAGCUCAUUCAGAAAUGUAACAAUUGUGUUUUAAAGAUAUUAUGUUAUUGGUAACUGUGAAUUGCAUGUGUGCAACAAAUAAUUUUUGCAAACAAAUGACCUAUGCACCCAACACUUGCAGAAAUGUGGAAUGUAUUCACACACCAAAAUAUUUCCUUUUUAUACGGUAAUUUCUUCGCCUAACUCUUCCUCUGAAACAAAUCAAACAUAAAAUAACAAAAAGUGCACUUGACAUUUUUUUCUCACAACUCCUACUUAUAUUGCUAAACAUAUAUUUACAUUCUACUAAGUAUUUGUACUUGAUUUGGUAACAUGGCUAUACUCUGGAUCAAAUAAAACCAUGUUAACAGUCACAUAAAGACCCAUCAUACUAUUGUGGUUAGCAGAGCUUGCAUGAUGAUGCCACCAAUGGCUGAUAAUAGGACUUAAAAACUGAACACCAAUCUCCACAUGUUGAAUAACGACUAGAUGGCUGACAUAAUUCUGGUAAGCAGGAUUCUCAAUGAUCAGUCCUCUUGCACCUGUAAUUAUAUUUAAACUUGAGCUUUAGACAGUUGGGGGCUGAGUGGGACAAGAAUUUUUUACUGCUUAGUCAAGUGACUCCUAUAAACAAUAGAAUGUAGGGUAAGGUAUGGGAUCCGUUAUUCUGAAAUUAUUGGAGAUGGAGGGAAGGCCAUGUUAAAAAAACCCAAAUUUUUAUGAAAUUAUAUAUAUGCUUACUGGAGGCAAAACAUUCCUAUUGGGUUUGUUUAUUGUUUAAAUGAUUUUUAGCAGACUUAAGAUAUGAAGAUCCAAAUUAUAGAAAAACUCCUUAUCCAGAAGGCUUCAGGUCCUGAGGAUUAUGGAUAAUAGAUCCCAUACCUGUACUAGUUUUCGCUGAAACCUAUAAAAAAAAAGGUCAUCUGAACAAUCUCACUUUUAAGCCAUUAGUUCAGCAAGACUUAACAACCACAUUUACAUGCAAAAAGUAUUAUUACAUACUAUUUUGCAUGCAAUAUUAGAAAAUCAUUCUUGAGGUAAUGCUAAAAAUGAAAUAUUUCAGAUGAAAUGUAUUUAUUAAUGCUAACAAAAAUCAGGAAAAGCUUGCACUGUAAUAAUUUAACAACCAGUACCACUUACCAUGGAGUGGUAUAUACUGUACACGUCUAAUCAUUCAACUUAGUCAGCAGGAGUCAUUUGAGAAAAUGCCUUUAGCAUAAUACAGAACAACUAGACGUGUUACUUGAUUACUUGUUAUGAAAGAGUGCAUUAUAAUAAAAACAAUUUUCAAUGAAAGAUACAU